CCUCAGACAUAUCUCAAAUUGAGUUCCUCUGUGAGCCUUUCGACUUUUGCACAUCACAAAGCAAUGCACAGCUGUGUGGUCUUUCUGACCCUGCAUGUGCCACAGAAACUAUAAACACCAGCGGUCCACACAGACAGGACGGCUGGUAUGCCUGUGCAUCUCAAAUGGAUCUGAAGCUUCUCCAAAACAACACUUCACAGUCAGGAGAGCAUGUGAUGGCCGUUCUGACCAUGAAAGCAGCCAAUCUCUCAGUGUGGAACUACAGUGUGUUUGCUUUUCUCAACAACACUGAUCUAUAUGCUAAAGCCCACGAUGAGCAGACCCUCUUCUACUGCAAUCUUCCACCAGACAACAGCAAAUGUCCAGUGUUAAAGGAUGAGGUAAAGUGCCAAGCAACCAGCAGCAGUUUCCUGUUUUACUAUCAUGAGCACAACGUAACUGCAAGCCCUGCUGAAUUACCAAAUACGCAAGCAAAAAGAGUGUGGUUGGCUUUGGUGCUGACUGUGGUUGUGGUAACUAUUCUGAGUGUGGGCUUCCUGAUCAUCAAGAGCUGCCAUCUUUAUCAUAGAAAAUCCAAAAUGGUGAGAUUUUUGCCUCUUUCAGCCAGUAGACGUCCGCUCAAAAAGCCGAGCAAGCAAAAACAGAAUUCGAUGAGAAACGUCCCUGAUGUGUCCAUUGCAAUAAGCAGCAUUAAUGAUAAUCUGCUCAAGGUAGCUGACCACAUGUACAAAAGAAGUUUGUCACCCAUCUAUGAGAUUACAGAGGAUGAAGAAGGGCAAAAUGAAAAUCUGGAACAAGAGCAAUGUAAUGCCUCUGUGCCACUGGAAGGUAAAUAUUUUACAGUGUGCACUUCAUGAAAAUAAUGCAUAUGUAAAGCUUUCCUCUGUAUUAUUUUGACGAUUUAUUACUUUGAAUAAAAAUAACUCAACGGCCAAAGAGCCUCAAGCAUUCCAUGUGUUUGGGAUAUUAAACAGCAUUUAUAUACUUUAAAUUCAUGGUAAGCGGAAACACAACAAAGCAGAUUAAUACUUGAAAAAGAUGUCCACACCGAUUUCCUCACCCAUCAGCUGAUGUAACAAAAUCUGAUGUCUGAUGUUGAUACAGUCUUUAGUAUUUUGCUGUCACAACUAGUUCCUAUCCAGUAUAGCCUGACACAGUCUUUGAAUUGCAUAAUGUCUCAUUCGGUCACAUUGAUGAUGACACGAGCUGAUGAUGGGUAGAUCUUUGAUGCCAGUAUGUUGCUUGCGGCAGA